AUUUUGAGUUGUAUUUCUUCUUAUCAAUUUUGUUUCGAAAUCACAUUGCAUUCCAUCGUAUUUAAUUACCUAAUUUUAUCUAUUAUCGAUAAGUCAUGCCUCCUAGAAAGCGUGCGGAACAGCCAUCAAGGAUAGGCCGCCAAACACGUUGUAAGCGAGUGCGAACAUCAGAGCUGACAGCAGCGGACCCACCUGUACCUCAACCAGCUAUUACCAAUCCCGGUUUGGUCUCCUUGGACGUAAACGCUCUCUCCGCAACCAUAUCGACAGCCAUCUCAGAAGCGGUGAAAACAGCAUUGUCUAAGGACCGUCUAACUGAGAUCCUGGGACAAAACGCCGUUGAAGACGGCACGUCGAUUGAAGCCACAUUAGCAGGGCGGUCUCAAGCCGACCUGUCAUCGGACAGCGUGACCACAGCUGUGAGCAACCAUGUCAGUAACCUCACCGGUGCAGGUACAAGAGAUAAUUCUCUGCUUUUGGGUCCCGACAAUGUUCAACCUAAACAAAUUUUUACUAGCGUCUCUGUAAAUCUUAGUUCCCGGGUGGGUUCGAAAAUUAAAGCUAAAAUCUGGGCUAACGAAUAUGUGGAAUUUGGGGCCUUAUUAGCAUCCACCCCUCAAAUCGGUAAGUAUGCGCUAUCUAUGACACCCUCCACUGGGUCAUUAAAGCAACCGCGGCUGACUCUUGAGCCUUAUCACACACCUAAGAGGGUUUUCAACAUACAACAGUGGGUUUCAGCAUUUAACAUUUUUGUCUCGAUUUAUAUUGAGCGAUACCAGAGUGAAACCCUGCAGUUGAUGAAGUAUUGCGAGGUAGUCCGUGACAUAGCUUUAUCGCACGGGGAUUGGCUCUGGUAUGACGAACAAUUUCGUUGUCUGAGGCAAUCUGCAACCGAUAAAUAUCCAUGGGAUCAAAUACAUUGGGAACUUUGGUUAAGGGCCUCAGCUAAUUUUCGGAGAUCACAGCCGAUCACCAGUAAGCCCCAAGCUUUAACACGCCAGCGUUUUCGUCCAAAUUUUUUCCCCCGAGGAACGUGUUGGGCAUUUCAUGCCGGAAAACACUGCCAAAGGUGUCAGUUCGAACACGUUUGCUAUAAAUGUGGAGUAAAGCACCCAGCAAUUCAGUGCUCUGUACCAACCCCUCAACAGCGAUCUGGUGGAGUUAAACCAAAAGGAAACUCUACUCAAGUAUCAGGCCCUUCACACCCCGCCUGUAACGCCCGUAAGGGUGGAACGGCUUGAAUGCCUCUUACACUGUUAUUAUGAGCAAAACAAAAAGCAAUUCCUUGUCGAUGGUUUCCGUUGUGGCUUUCGUGUUAAUUUUGUUGGUGAUCGACUUCCUUUUGAAUCUCCUAAUCUUAAGAGUGUCCUAGACCAACCGGAAAUUGCUAGAAUGAAAUUGCGCAAGGAAUGCGACGCAGGCCGAAUAGUGGGUCCUUUUAGAACUCCCCCUUUUGCGAGCUUUCGUACCUCUCCUUUGGGCGUUGUACCCAAGAAGGACCCGUCUGAAUUUCGUUUGAUUCAUCAUUUAUCCUAUCCAAAAGGAAAUUUUGAUAAUGAUGCUAUUCCUGACUAUUGUUCCUCUGUCAAAUACGCAUCCGUUAGUGAUGCGAUCACAGCCAUUAAGGCCACCGGGGAGGGUUGUUUUCUAGCUAAAACGGACAUUAAAUCGGCUUUUCGUAUUAUACCAAUUCAUCCUGCAGACUAUUCCUUGCUAGGUAUGAAGUUCGAUAAUUUGUAUUACUUUGAUCGGUGCCUACCCAUGGGGCUUUCUUCUUCAUGCAACAUUUUUGAAGCUUUUAGUACCGCAUUGGAAUGGUUGGCUAUUCAUCGUCUGGGGGCCUCAUCUCUUUUGCACAUAUUAGACGAUUUUUUGUUUAUUGCAAAGACCAAAGAUCGGUGCGAGGCCGACUUGGGCAACUUUAUUUCUCUACGCCAUCAUCUCGGAAUACCCCUAGCCCCGGGAAAAACCGUCGGCCCUGAUUCAGUAUUGCAAUAUGCAGGCAUUACUCUCGAUUCGGUGAGAAGAGAAGCGCGACUACCAAACGAAAAGCUUCAAAAAUGCCGCGUGCUCUUGCACAAUUUGUAUAAACGUCGCACAGUCAAGCUAAAAGAACUUCAGUCUUUAAUAGGCUUACUAAAUUUUACUUGUCAAGUUAUUGUCUCGGGCCUUGUUUUUCUUCGCCGCCUGAUCGAUCUUACCAAGGGCGUACGACAGCCACACCAUCAUAUCCGUUUAUGUAAAGGCUCGAACAGGAUCUCCUUUUGUGGAUUCGGUUUUUAGACGAGUUCAACGGCAAAUCAUUUUUUCUCGACGAUGCAUGGGAAACGUCGCAUACCCUUGAACUUUAUACCGAUGCAGCGGGGUUAAUAGGCUUCGGGGCUGUCUUUGGUAAGCACUGGUUCGGCGGCGAAUGGCCGCUUUCGUGCAAAUCUUAUAACAUUGCAGUUUUAGGGCGCAAUCCAUUCAACCAAAAUUUCCGGAAAUUUCGGUCUAAAACUGAAUGGAUCGGCUCGGUCCAACCGGAAAAAUUUCGAAAAAAUCGGCUCACCUUUCGAGGUGGACCACUUUUCUCGGUUGGACCGGUCCGAUCGAAAUGGACCGGUUCCAUUUGACCAUUCCGACCCAUUCUCAAUCCCAGUACCUCGCUGUUCGGUAUUGUCCAUGUACAACAUGGAGGAAAACACUUAUUAUGCAGCUUUUAGGGAUUGUUAACAGCGGAUCCAUCGGUGUUACUCGUACUUCCACGUGCAGUUACAACAGCUCUGGAGCUGCUUCGCAAGCCAAGUGUAUGUUUUGGCUGUUAACGGUUCUUUAAGACGAUUUAUUUCCUGAGAGAGUUUGGAAUAUUCUUUUCGUCAUUCGAAAGUGGUGUUUGAACUCAUAUGGCAAAUAUCUGGGAAUCUGGUAACGGUCCGCUCAAAAUAAUACUACGCUUGAAACACUUAAUAGCUCACACAAUAAUCCCAUUGAUAUCACCGUCGAAAUCGUCGUCUAGCUCUAGUACGAGCAACAGUGAUCAAACUCGUUUUGCGAGUGGGAUGGAAUGAGACUGUCCGGAUGCGUCGCGAUCCAUUCGACACCAAGAAAUUUUCGAACCUCAGCCCGGAAAUUUUGGUUGAAUGGAUUGCGCCCUUAGAGUUAUAUCCUAUUGUCCUCGCAACGCAUAUUUGGGGACAUUUAAUGGCUGAUAAGUGUGUAAUAUUCUUUACCGAUAACGCUGCCGUUGUUGACGUUAUCAACAAGCAGACGUCCAAACAUCGGAGUAUUAUGGUGUUGAUCAGGGAUUUAGUGUCAAGUUGCCUCAGAUACAAUGUAUUAUUUCACGCGAAACACAUUCCCGGUUUUUACAAUACUCGAGCCGAUUACAUUUCACGUUCUCAGGUAGCAAAGUUCAAGGAACUCUCACCGGAUGUAGACGAGAAUCCAACCACAGUACCUGACAACCAACUGCCCAAGAGUUGGUCUCUAACUUGAGUGGCUUGAGCUCAGCAUUAAAUAUAACUGAAGGAACCCGGAGAUCGUAUCAACGCGCGUGGGUCAUCUUUCGACAAUUUUAUGCUCAAUUUUACGGAUCCUCUAACCCCACGUUGCCAUUAUCCCCUGUCUGUCUUCCCCUUCAUAUUUCAUAUCUUUCCUUUCGCAAAUUGGCUUUUUCUACGAUAACUUUACAUCUUUCUGCCAUUUCUUACGCUCACAAACUCGGAGGAUUUUGUGACCCAACCAAAUCGUUUUUAAUACAGAAAUUACUGACAGCAUUAAGUCGUCAAAGACACUCAGAUAUUCGUUUGCCCAUUACAAGACCAGUUUUGCAUGAGCGCGGCCGGUCCCUCGAAUACACUAACUCUUCGGCUUUCCAACGCACUCUAUUUUCCGCCAUGUUUCUUACUGCUUUUUAUGGACUUUUCCGAAUUGGCGAGCUUUCGGCCAAGAGCACUCGCUUUGCGUGUUCAGUUGUCCAAUAUAUCGUAAUCGUAAUAUCGUAAUCUGCAAAUUUUAUCGCGUGAAGGCGACCCAUGCACGGCUAAGAUCACUAUCACUGAUUAUAAACACAAUUCUGACCACCAGCCAUUUGAUAUCCUAAUCAGUCGGGAUGAUUCUGUCCCCUUUUUCCCGGUUAAAACCCUUCUUAAUUACUGCAAAUUUCGAAGUAAUAGACCUGGCCCUCUUUUUUGUAAUUCUGAUCUGUCACCUAUG